GGGCAAUGUGUUUCAUUCAUUUGUGAAAAUUGUGAACUGUGAGUUGUGUUGUGGGAGUGAUCGAGUAUUUUAUAAUUUUUGCCUAGUUUUGCUGUUGGAUUGCUGUUUGAUAUUAGGAAAUAAGGUUUAAAGUACAAAAUGGGAAAAGAUUAUUACAAAAGUUUAGGAUUGUCGAAAGGAGCGUCAGACGACGAGAUCAAAAAAGCUUAUAGGAAACUCGCUCUUAAGUACCACCCGGACAAGAAUAAAAGUCCAGGGGCUGAGGAGAGGUUCAAGGAAGUGGCAGAAGCGUAUGAAGUGCUAUCAGAUAAGAAGAAACGUGAGAUUUACGAUGCUCACGGUGAGGAAGGUCUCAAGGGAGGAAUGGGCGGCCAAAACGGCGUCGGAGGCGGACAGUCGUUCAAGUACACCUUCCAUGGAGAUCCGCAGGCGACAUUUGCACAGUUCUUCGGCGCAUCGAGUCCGUUCCAGGCGUUCUUCGACCUCAACGGUGGCGGUGGCGGCAGUACCAUGUUCUUCGAUAGGGACAUGGAUGUAGACAUGGAUCCGUUUGCGAAUAUGGGCGGUAUGGGCACGACGCGACCAGGUGGCCCGGGCGGCGCCUUCCGCAGCCAUAGCUUCAACGUCCACGGCUCGCCUAACAGGAAGGAGAAGACCCAAGAUCCGCCAAUAGAGCACGAUCUUUACGUUUCCCUGGAAGACAUCGCGCGUGGCUGCGUCAAGAAGAUGAAAAUUUCGCGACGCGUGCUGCAGCCUGACGGCACAUCAAAGAAGGAAGACAAAGUGCUUACCAUCCAUGUCAAACCUGGGUGGAAAGCUGGAACCAAGAUUACGUUCCAGAAAGAGGGAGACCAGGGAAGGAAUAAGAUCCCAGCUGACAUCGUUUUCAUCAUCAGAGACAAACCAAACCCGCUGUUCAAGAGGGAAGGUAGUGACAUCAGAUACACUGCUAGAGUGUCACUCAAACAGGCUCUGUGUGGCACUGUAAUUGAAGUCCCAACAAUGUCUGGGGAGAAGCUAACAGUCAACCUUCAAGGAGAAAUUGUGAAGCCCCACACAGUGAAACGCUUCCCUGGCUAUGGACUGCCAUUCCCCAAGGAACCAACAAGGAAAGGAGAUCUUCUAGUAGCAUUCGACAUUAAAUUCCCCGAUCGUCUCAGUCAAGGAGUCAAGGAAAUCUUAAUGGACACUCUACCGAACUAAGCUAGAGAAGACUGCAGAAUAUCUCAGGACAGAUUUUAGUGUUUAACAAGGGUAUCAAUCUGUUGAAUUUGGGCUGACCAGACCCUUGGCCAAUUCAAUGUGAGAUUGAUCCAGUUUGUGCUCAAAUCUCAGUGGGACAUUCCUCGUUUAGGAAACUUUUUACUCAUUAUUAUAAUUUGCUGCCUAAUUUGACG